GCCCCCGUCAUUGAGCCAGGCUUCCUGCAACGACUGCUUGGAGUGAACAGGCAAAAGCCCAUGGUCUGAGCAAUGCAGGCUCAGGUGAGAGAAAACUUCCAUCCAGACAGUGAGACUGCCAUCAACAAACUCAUCAGCAUCAACUACUACACCUCUUACGUCUACCUAGCCAUGUCUUUCUAUUUCGAACGGGACGACGUUGCACUGGAGAACUUUGCAAAGUACUUCCACAAACUAUCGGAACUGCUGCGUGAAAACGCCGAGGAGCUGACCAACUACCAGAAGCUAAGGGGAGGUCGGGUCCGGCUGGAGGAUAUUGAGAAACCAGACAGGCAAGAAUGGACCAAUGGGUUGGAAGCUCUUCAGUAUGCACUUGAUCUGCAGAAAACUAUCAACAAAUCUCUCUUGGAACUGCAUCGCCUGGCUUUCGAUAAACAUGACCCUCAGAUGUGCAACUACCUCGAGUCCAAUUUCUUGGACAGCAGCGUAGAAACGCUGAAGACGUUGGGAGAUCACAUCACAAGUCUCAAGAAGUUGACCAUGGGCAAGCUGAGUGGAAUGGGCGAAUACCUCUUCAACAAGCACACCCUCGGAUAGAAGGACCUGACUGUGGGAAGGUCAAGUCUCUCUCUUUAUAACCUCUACCUGCGCCAUACUGAAAUCCAAAAUAUUUUAGGCGGAUUGGUGAAGGAAUGAGAAUUGGAAGGAAAUAUUUGUCUGUGGAGUGGCCGUGGCAAUAUUAUGUAAUAAAUAACUUUAAUUGAAAAGUA